UUUGCCUUCAGCUUGUGCUCUCUCUUUCUGCUUUUAAUGGCGGGCGGUGGCUGCUGAGAAACGCUUCUUAGCAUCGGGGAGAAGUUUCCCUGCCGCUCCUUCUCCAUUCGCCGCCCGCUUGUCCGAACUCUCCAGCAAUGUCCGUGGUACCGCCCAAUCGGUCGCAGACCGGCUGGCCCCGGGGGGUCACGCAGUUCGGCAACAAGUACAUCCAACAGACCAAGCCCCUCACCCUGGAGCGCACCAUCAACCUGUACCCUCUUACCAAUUAUACUUUUGGUACAAAAGAGCCCCUCUAUGAGAAGGACAGUUCUGUUGCAGCCAGAUUUCAGCGCAUGCGGGAGGAAUUUGAUAAAAUUGGGAUGAGGAGGACUGUAGAAGGGGUUCUGAUUGUUCACGAACACCGACUGCCACAUGUGCUACUGCUACAGCUGGGAACAACUUUCUUCAAAUUACCUGGUGGUGAACUUAACCCAGGAGAAGAUGAAGUUGAAGGAUUAAAACGCUUAAUGACAGAGAUACUGGGUCGUCAGGAUGGAGUCCUACAAGAUUGGGUCAUUGAUGACUGCAUUGGUAACUGGUGGCGACCAAAUUUUGAGCCUCCUCAGUAUCCAUAUAUUCCUGCACAUAUUACAAAACCUAAGGAACAUAAGAAGUUGUUUUUGGUUCAGCUUCAAGAAAAAGCCUUGUUUGCAGUUCCUAAGAAUUACAAGCUGGUAGCUGCACCACUGUUUGAAUUGUAUGACAAUGCACCAGGAUAUGGACCCAUCAUUUCUAGUCUUCCUCAACUUUUGAGCAGGUUCAAUUUUAUAUACAACUGAAUUCCUGCGCAGUGGAGAAGUUAAAGAAGUAGUCUCUGUGAGCACAGCUGUACACAGUGUAGAAUAUAUUUAGUAGAAGUGUUUUUGGUUUUAUCUUCCUUGAUCUCUAACUUGGUGCCAGCUCUUUGUUGUUGAAUAGUAGUAAAGUUAAUAUGAACAACUA